AACAAGCGCAAUUCAGGGUUGGGAAUAAUAAGUGUUGACAUGGUCGCCUAGGGAAUUUCAAGCGUCUCUUGCAUUCAAUUAGGAAGAAAAAUGGGAACUUACUGACCAAAAGACACCGACAUCUCCUCUCUUUGCGUCUCUGGUCCUCCUUUCUUUAAUUCUUUGACAGCACGGGCAGCUGGCUCGGAGAUGUAAAGUACAAUCGAAAUGAGUUUCUUCGCGGCAUCCCGUGAAAACAUCGAAUUUCCUCAGUGAAUAGUUUAAUUUCAAAACAUCCAGCCUCUUUUGUGAAUCACCCACGAUCGAAUGACUUAGUUUGGGGCAAGAUACCAGUGCAAAUUUGGGACGAAAAAUAGACUUCAGCUGCUCUUCAACGAAUGGGAGCACUUACUGGGGCUUGAAGAUCUUUUAGUUGGAGGAAAUGCAAAUCUGGAUUUACUCGGUUUUUAUAACCGUAUGGUAUGGAUGUUUGAAUGUUGUGUACUGCCUAGCAAUACAGCCGCCCUCUUCUUCCGGGACAACCGCUUUCACGCAGAGGACGGUCGUAUCAGUUACACCAACAAUAUCAGUGGACACUUCGAUAGUUACCGCAAGGGCAGCGCCAACUCCUGUGAGAUCAAGUGUUUCAGCCUCAGCUUCACUUCAAACAGAAGUAACUACCAACAAGGCAUACACCCUUCCCGCUACCGAACCUCGUCCUGAAACAGAGAUUACGCAGGCCGAGCCUCAUACUGAAGGAGAGGCGCGGGCAGAAGGCGAGUCAACUGCAAUAAGUGAACAAGCAGGAGAAUCCGAACCAUAUGUAGAACCAGAGACGUGGCCGGAGCCAGGGCCAAGAUGGAGUGAGGCCUUUGAAAAAUGGAGGGCAGCUUGGUACAUUCAUGUCUAUUUCUUCGCCAUCGCUUUCCUCGCCAUUGGAUCUUAUGCUGGUUAUUACGUCAUCUUGAACAUUUACGACGGCUUAAGAGGAAAAUACCUUAGUGUUUGUUUAAACGGUAUGGUUCUGCUGUUUGGUACAACCAGGGCCUUUGUGCUGUUUUUGGAUCCGUAUCAUCAAGGGAGCUUAAUAAAGGCUCUUUUCACAAUGCGCCUGUUAUGGUCCAUCGGCGGCCCUUGUCUCACCGCCUCUGACUCCCUCAUAAUUUUGGCCCUGGUAGAGACCGCUCGUGUGUCCAUUGCGCCUCCAAGAUUUCAGAGGCUCGAAACAAUUUCGAUCGUGAUUGCAUUCCAUUUUGUUCUCGUUAUCGUUUCAGACACAAUCGUUUCUAUUUACAUGGAAGCAAAAAUCAUGAUUUUACUCUGUCAGUUAUUCUUCUCCGUUUGGGGAAUUACGUUAGGUGCCGGAUACGCAAACCUCGCGUACAAACUCGACAAGCAACUCUUCAGUCAUAAACAGAUCAAGGAAAAGGGAGAUAAAGUAUAUAUAUUUCUCAUUUACGCCUCUGCCGCGGCAAAUUUUUUCAUUUGCGGCGUUAUGAUCUACACCGCAGUGGGUGUUUUUGGUGUGUAUACAGACAUUGAAUUCGUGGACGCCUGGCACUGGUGGACGUUGCAAACGUUAUUUCGCACUGGGGAAGUUAUAACCUGCGUCUUGAUUUUCACGGUUAGCGCCAAGAGAUCACGAGUAAAGCAAGCUGCAGAUGAAGUUUCUGAGUUUGAUUCUCGGUCACAAACGUUUGAUUCGAUAGACGGAUGUUCCGCGUUUCGAAAAGUUCGAUCGUUUUUUGACAGAUGUAGAAAACGGGCAACGAUCUCUGAUAUCGCAGAUGUCUUUAAGGAUGAUUCAGAGACAAUUGUGGUGGUCAGUAGAAGUAGUUUUAAAAAGAGAACUGCUGGUAAAGGCAACGAUGAAGAUGAUGUCCUUCCCCCUGUUUUCGAAGCAUUUCAAGAGAGGGACAGGGGGAGAAGGCAAGAUUUGUUUUCUCAUAUGCGUGAGGUGACUGUCGAAAAUCAAAUUGCGCAGCUCGACGCGAUGGCUCCAGCGGUUGCUCCUAGACCAAGGAGGGGUCGAAGACAGAGUUUAUUUUCUGCCAUGCAUGAAGCUAGCAUAAACAGCGCUAUUUCCUCGUUUGCUCAGCAAAUAACUGAAGCCAGCGAAGAACCCAUGAAAUGUGAGUCUUUCGAAACAGAUGGGGAGCUUAACGAGGAGCCAAAACCUCUCCCUCGAAGAGGCCGGCGGACUAACGUUUUCUCGAAUCUUCCGGAAACAAAACCGGAGAGGAAAAAUCCUCGUCAAGGCAUGAUGGAAGAUAUUGUUGAGGAAUCAACUGUUUACGAAGGGGAGGGUGACUCGAUUAGGAGACGCCCACCACUAUUGAAAAUGCGGAGUUCAGACAGAAUGCGUCAGUUAAUUAAUACUUGGCUCUCGCGAACUAAAGGUUCUUCCGAUGAACCGAAAGACAUUGCCGAGGAAGAGGAACCAAAAAUUGAAAGAGAUGAGAAUUCUGCGACAGAUUCCCUUCCUACAGAAAACUGUUGAUGACCUUGUAACUAACUUGCUUGUAAAAAGCCAUCUUUUUGGGUUCCUUGUGAAUAAUGCACAAGCCUUCAAAGCAUUUGAAACAUCCCUGUACCUCUUUUAAAGAGCAGUUUUCGACGUAGAUCGUCUUUAGUACCACUGAAUACAUCUCUUCCUGUUCCUUUUUG